CUUUUCAAGUACACUUUCCCUUCUUUUGUUUUUUAUAAUGUUAAAGAUUGCACCAUCUAUACAUUUCACUUAUUUUAUUAACGGGUUAAAACAGGCAUUUAAUUGGCCUCGUGUCAUACACCUCAUCACGACAUCAAAAACAGUUCAAUACACGCUCUUAAAAAGUAUAGCAUUAAACGGUGUAGCCUAUUUGGGUAUCCUUGUCUUGUUAGAGACUUUUUAUAACACACCAGAUCACCAUUUAUUCGGCUAUUCAUACACAGAUUUGACAGGCUAUCCACUAUAUUUGAUAUGUCUCGUAUUCAAUUCCAAGUUUUAUGCCCAAAUUGCACAAGGUCAACAUCAACAACGCACUUCCGAUAAUUUGGAUAUUGUCACAACAGUCAAUACCAUUAUAUUGUAUGGCAAUUUCGCGUUAUUUAUCAGUCUAUUAAAAAGUAUACCUUAUAUUGGCGCUGUAGUUUCUUUUUCCAUCUACUGCAUUAUCAUGACAUAUUAUUGCUUUGAGUACCGAUGGGUUAACCAAGAUUGGACAAUUGAGCAAAGAAUGGUUUAUGCAGAACAGCAUUGGGCUUAUUAUUUAGGGUUCGGUUUACCGGCUACAGUUAUUACAUUCUUUUUAUCCACCUUGAGAGCAGGCGGUGUAUACGCAUUAGUAUAUCCAAGUUUUAUUAUGAUGGCUUCAGUAGCUGCGCCUGAACCCACCGCCGAAGUUCCAUACUCCUCUCUUGAAUUUGCUUUGCCGUUCCAAAUUCCUGUGUUUUUAGGCGUUCGAUUUAUGAAUAAGUGUAUUAUUCAAGUGAUACGUACCGUGGGUGGAUCUAGGGGAGAAACGCUUGUCGUAGACAAGCACAAGGACAAUCUAGGCAAACUUGUGUAAUAAAAAAAGAAUUUGGACUGCUCUUUCGGGAAUAACAGUCCUAUUCCGUACCAAAGCAGUUUUUUUUUGGGUAAUAAAAUUUUCUUUUUUUCUUUC